ACACAGAGAAGCCGCCUGCAGACGUUGGCAACACCACAGACCACUAACAAGCAGUGUGUAGUUGACAGAGCUGUCCAAACAAAGUGAGUCUUAUUUAUUGUGCAAUAAGAUGGAAAAUGUUACUAGGCUGCACAGGCAAGGGUUUCCUAUUUGUCCCACAAAACACAAUAGCACAGUGCAGUACCAUAACAUUAACAGUAUACAAUGAAGAAGAAGAAGAAGAAGAAGGAAAAAAACCUUUAUGGAGUCAUAUUACAGUGUAAUUUUUAGACACUGUAACUUCAGAAAAAGAACAAUGCUCAGUUCCAUACAUAGGACAUUUAAGACAAUACACGGGGAAGCAUGAUGAUUUUAAAGUCACACACACAUACUUAGCCUUUUAGCUUACUAACUUUAAAGAGGUUUAUGGCAGGACUGUGUCCUCUCCUCUAGUCUGGAUAGGAACUCCACCCUCAAUGAGGCGUGUUACCAAACCAGAUCCACAGGGAAGAAACAGAGGUCUUCAGAGAAGAGUUUAACAGCCGUUGAAUUAUAAAAGGACUGAAACAUCUAAAUUUUUUUUCUAUCUCAGGUUUGCUGUAUUCUGUAUCAGAAAGAUUCAGUGUCGAAGAGGAUCAGAGGAAGAAUUCAGAGAAGAGAAGAGUGAGUUGUCCUUGCUCUGAGCCAUGGACUGGAAGACUUUUCAAGCCCUUCUCAGUGGGGUGAACAAAUACUCCACCGCAUUCGGCCGGAUCUGGCUCUCUGUGGUUUUUGUGUUCAGAGUGAUGGUUUACGUUGUAGCGGCCGAGAGAGUUUGGGGCGAUGAGCAGAAGGACUUUGACUGCAACACCAAGCAGCCGGGCUGCGCGAAUGUCUGCUACGACUUCUUCUUCCCCAUUUCCCACAUCCGACUGUGGGCUCUGCAGCUCAUCUUCGUCACCUGUCCGUCAUUGAUGGUCGUCAUGCACGUGAAGUAUCGUGACGAGCGCGAACGCAAGUUCCGCGAGAAGCACGGUGAAAAAGCCAAGCUCUACGACAACACGGGGAAGAAGCACGGUGGACUGUGGUGGACGUACCUGAUCAGCCUUUUUGUCAAGACCGGCAUUGAGAUCACCUUCUUGUACAUCCUACAUCACAUCUACGACAGUUUCUACCUGCCCCGGCUGGUGAAGUGUGACGUCCAGCCGUGUCCCAACAUUGUGGACUGUUACAUUGGCCGACCCACAGAGAAAAGAGUCUUCACCUACUUCAUGGUCGGAGCUUCGGCACUCUGCAUAGUGCUCAGUGUCUGUGAGAUCAUCUAUCUGAUCUCCAAACGUGUCAUUCGCUGUGCCAAAAAGUUUAAGAGGCCCCACAGAAGCAGCACACCGCUUCAUGGACGAUACCGAGACGAGGACAGCAACUGCACCUUUCCUAUGCAUGAGUUGGACAACAAAUCCGAUUUUAAGACGGAGUCUAAACCAGACUUUAGAUCUGAGUAUAAACCUGGGUCUAAACCACAGUUUAAAUCUGAACUCAAGCCAACAUUUAAGCCAGCCUACAGGUUGAGCGUGGACAUGAGAGCUUCUGCUCCAAAUCUCUCUGCACCUAUGUACAAGAUGCAGUCUGAAAUACUCUGAAGAACAUGUUUCCCUCCGCGUCAAGUAUUUACAAAGUCAUCCGGAUAAAAAACAAGCUGGCAUAAAACAAGCUUUGAAUGUCUGAACAAUCUCAAAGUCUUUUAUUAUCCAUCAAGCUCUAUAAAACUGCCAGUCUUGGGUAUUUGUCAUUUGGCAGAUGGUUCAUAAAAAAUUCUAUAUGCCAGAUUCAGAAACUUUUGCCUUGAAAAUAGCAGGGAUUAAGUGUUUUGCCUAAUGGCAAAGUGGAUUGUGAUUCACUGCUACCUGGGUUCAAACCUGGAGUUAUCAGCCUAGUUCCUUUAGGCUUCAAAACCAGCUCAAAUGACUGCAUUCUCACCAAGAUCCUAAGAAGUAAUGGUGACGAAAGCAUUCCAUUUCUUCUUAUUCAUUCUUGUCAUUCAUUUCUUAAAAAGAACAAAGGUGAAAACCCAUGAAAAAGUUAUCAAAUAACCAAGGCAUUCAUGGAGAACACACCUUACAUACAAAACCCACCUCCACCUUCACACGCACAAAGAACGAUAGGAGUAAGAGUGGAGUUUCAUUGUAUCUAAGAAUAUGUAAAGAAAAUGCCUGAUGGGUCAUUGAUUGUUUACAGUGCCUUAUUUCUCAAUGCCCUGGAUGUGUAAUAAAGAUUAGAACAAAGUUUUAUAUAUAUAGCUGUUUCGAAUAUCACUGUUUUGGAAAGAUCAUAGUUGAUGUUUAAGUGCGAACACUCCUGUACUCCAUCUGAACUCAAAUUCCUAUGCUGGAAAAAUGAGAGGUAUAUAAAAUAAACCACAGUGUUCAUAAGAUGGGCAACCAUGGAAAGUUUUUCUUCUACUAUUUGUUGUAAAAGACUGUGGACUAACCUCUCCUGAUCUACACUUGGCAAGCAUUUGUAACAGUCUGACUUUGUUAAGACUUGCUGUUAUGAUCGUGUUACAUAUUUUAGAUCUUUCAUGCUGCAUAUCCUGCCUUUGUAUCAAAACAUUCACCAAUGCACUGACGUGUUUUAUGAAAUAUCUUCAGGUUAUUUAAAAAAAAAAGAAAAAAAAAAGUAAUGGUGUUGUUUUUAAGACCUUUUAUGACAUAUGAGAUUGAGGAAGCUUUGAAUGUUUAUUCACCUUGAUACUCUGUAAAUAAAGUAUAAAAUUAG